AUGUUCAGGAUUGUUGUUUUCACUCAGUGCGGAAUUCCUGCAUUAAAUGGCCAUGCGUUAACUUUUAUCCUGCUCUGUCUCACUCAGCUAUUAGGAGCUGUCAAUACGACACACAAAUCUAGUGUCCGGUGGGAUAUCCUUGGAGGCUUCACGCGUUCUGAUGGUUCAGGUUCGCCUCAGAAUGAGGUACUAUCACGAUGUGAUCUUAGUACCUUAUUGUACAAUCCUGAAGCAGAAGAUACAAUAGCGAGUCAGACAUACAUACACGGGUUUUUAGGCACUACAUCCGCAGUAUGGGGGGUCUGCUCCGAGACAUUUACUAUGCGUUGUUUCCCAAGAGCUUCGAAGUGUCGUACGGAACUAGACCGGCUCGCUGCCAGUGGCCUCAUGAAAACUAUAAGUGGUAUGCCGAGCUGA